AUGGGGGAAUGGGCUUUCCUGGGCUCGCUGCUGGACUCAGUGCAGCUGCAGUCCCCCCUCGUGGGCCGCCUGUGGCUGGUGGUCAUGCUGAUUUUCCGAAUCCUAGUGCUGGCCACUGUCGGGGGUGCCGUGUUCGAGGAUGAACAGGAGGAGUUCGUGUGUAAUACGCUGCAGCCUGGGUGUCGUCAGGCCUGCUAUGACCGUGCCUUCCCCAUCUCCCAUUACCGCUUUUGGCUUUUCCAUAUCUUGCUGCUCUCUGCUCCUCCUGUGCUGUUCAUCAUCUACUCCAUGCACCAGGCCAGCAAGGGCCCCAGCCCCCAAGGAGAUGGGAUGAAGGAGCAGGAGGAGUGGAGUGGCAGCCGUGGCCAGCACUUGGCAGGGCCCCGGGCUCGCCACUGCUACCUGCUGAGUGUGGCCCUGCGUCUGCUGGCUGAGCUGGGCUUCCUGGUAGGGCAGACCCUGCUGUAUGGCUUCCAGGUGGCCGCACGUUUCUCCUGCACCCAGACCCCGUGCCCCCACAUCGUGGAUUGCUUUGUCAGCCGCCCAACGGAAAAGACAGUCUUUGUGAUUUUCUACUUCGCUGUGGGGCUUCUCUCUACCCUUCUCAGCGUGGCUGAGCUGUUCCAUCUCUUCUGGAAGGGGCGACGAAGUCAGAACAGAGGUCCCCUUUGGCUAGGCAAGGUGGUCACAGGAGAGAAAGACAACCACUGCAACCAGGAGCAGGAAGAGGCCCAGAAGCUUCUCCUGCCACUCUCGCCACCCAGAAGGGCCCCUCCACUGAGUCCUACGCAGGAUGCCCCACCUGCCUAUGCCCACAAGUUGCAACAGGGUGGCAGUGAGGGCAGCACCAGCAGGAGCAAGUCCUCACUGUCCACAGCCAGAGAGGACCUCUCCAUCUAA